AUGGCGAAGGAGGAAGGGAAGACGGUCUUAAAUGAGGAUCUAUGGCUUGUGGAAGGUCAGCAAGAGCGGAUGAUCAAUGGGCCAAAUGUUUGGAACUGGCCUGUGGCAUAUGAUAAGCUUGGAGCAAGGACAAUUGCAGUGCAAAGCAUCUCUUCCCAGGAAGGCAACCUUAACUUGAAGAUAUCUGUCCCACAAGGUUAUCAUUUCUCGAAGGUGAAUGAGGCCAAAAAUGUGCUGAAACUUUGCGAUUUUGGUUAUGCUAUGUUUGCUGGGAAGAAUGAGAUUACACCAUAUUGUUUUUACUGCAACUUUGAAAAUCUGUUGCGUGUGCAAAUUAAGGUACUUCUUUGUGUGAUGUGUAUGCUUCUGAAUCGUGAUGUGAGGGUUAUUAUUGACUGGUUUCUUGAAACUGCAGUUCUUGGCUUGCCGUAUGACCAUGCUUUGGACAUAUGGUCAGUUGGCUGCUGCUUGUACGAGCUAUAUACAGGAAAGGUCCUCUUCCCUGGACCAUCAAACAAUGGCAUGCUUCGGCUUCAUAUGGAGUUAAAAGGUCCAUUUCAUAAAAAGAUGCUCAGGAAGGCCGUUAAGCGACUGCUUGUGAAUAUUAAGGCAAAUGAUUUUAGUAGUCUUAUUUCAAGCUAUACUGGUGAGGAUCCCAAGAUGCUGGCCAAUUUCAUAGAUCUGCUUGAUAGAAUUUUUGUGCUCGAUCCAGAGAAAAGAUUGACAGUAUCUCAAGCACUGAGUCAUCCAUUCAUUACGGGCAAGUGA